AACACAAUUAAGCUGAGUGCUGGACAUAUGGCGAACUUAAUCCAUAAAACUGGUCUUAAAUUGCUCUGCCGAGUAACUAUCAAGAGGCAGAGACCACAACUCUACGAGACUGACGACUACAAAAACCCAAAUACCGUAUACCAAGUACCGAGUCUGAGACGCUUGCCAUAUAAAUUCAAUAGCAAUGGCAAUAAGUGCAUUAGCAGCAUAUUUCACAGAUUGGCAGACACGUCGCUCGAUGGCAUCCAUGGAAAUACGAAAAGCAGCCGGCGGGUGGUGGACUGCACCGAGCAGGACCUUUUCACUGUCCGGACUUGGCGGCACGUGCAACGCCAAAUGCCGAACGGAAGUUCAAAAGCGCAAAGAGCAUGUAACGAUACCGACUACGGCCAAUGUGAACGGUUACGGCAAUGGCAAUGGCAACGGCAACGGCAACGGUAUUGGGCUGGAUGCUCUGUUUCUGCUGGUGCAGCUGCUGCUGCUGCUGCUACUGCUGCUGCUUCUACGCCAUCGAGACGACACCAGCGACAUGCAAAGCAGAACCACCACCAGCAGCAGCAGCAGCAAACUGGUCAUAAUUCAAGCAGACUCGCAUCCAAAAUGGCAGAUUCGCCGUCACCGACAGGCGGCAUGGGUGGGUUGA